GUACUAUCCUAAAGCACUCUCCUAAACACUAAGAUAAUGUAAAUCGGCCUUUAAGCUUAGUUAGAAGUUCUCUGUAUUCAAGUUAAAAUGGUUCGUGUCUACGCUAUCGAUUGUGAGUCGGUCCAAAAUGAUUUGGGUAAAAGCAUGGUUGCUAGAGUGUCCCUCGUGGAUGAAGCUUUAGAAACUGUUCUGGAUGAGUAUAUUAAACCUACUCGUAAUGUAGCCGACUACCGGACCUCGAUAUCCGGGAUUAAACGCGGCUACGAAACUGAAGCUAAACCGAUUGAGGAGGUACUCCGUCGUGUGAUAAACAUGGUCAACAGGCAAUUCGUGGUAGGAUUUAAUGUAAAGGAAGACCUCGACGCUUUGGGAAUAUCGCAUCCUAAAAUCUGGGACAUGGCGGACAAUAAGCACCUAGAUUGUUGCCAGAAACAUACACUCAAGAUUUUGGCUUAUAAAGAGCUUGGUUUGUCCAUUGAAGAUGUACCAUAUGACACUGUUAAAAAUGCGAAAGCUGUGAUGGAUAUUUACAAGAAAUAUGGCGAAUAAUUAUUUAUGUCACUAUUAUUUUUUUAAUCACGUGUUCUAAAGUGUUAGUUAAUAUUUUUAUUCCUCUUAUUACAAUUUAAGAGCUUUC